AUGGCAACGGCAGGCCGAGGCCUGGCUGCCCACGGCUCGGCCCGGCCAGCUUCCCGGGCAGGCCUAGGAUGCCCGGCCUGCUCCUCAGGCUCGCCAGCUACUCCUUCCCACUCUCCGCCAAGCCGCCGGCCGGACCCGGGACCCCUCCUCGCGCAGACCACCCCCGACCGUGUCAGGCUGCUUCAAGGGGCGCGAAAGGCCGGACUACAACUCCCACCAGCGACGGCGCAGUCCCUUCCGGGUCCCGAGGCGGAAGUCCCGCCUGCGGCCCCGGCGCUACUCGCCCUGCGCCUUUCGCCUGGCCUCCUGUGUGGGUGCCGCUUCUUAGGGGCUCGCGAGGCGUUCUGCUUCCUAGGCUGUAGUGCUGAGUUCACGGCGCGAGAUGGCCAGUCUGAGCCUGUACCCGGGCACUGGCCGGAGGACGCGCGGCUGUAUCCCCAGACACAGGCGGGACUUCCGGCGGAGCGGCCGGGGACCCGCGCGGCCUAUUCCGUGGGAGCCGGUGGGAGCUGGGGACGGAUGGCCACCUCUGGUUUGUCUCACUAUUCCCAGCCGCAGCUCUGUGUUGUGUCUUUUCUUUCCUGCGUCUCCCCUCGGCCUUCCGCACUUUUAGGGAGGCAAGGACUCCAAAGCCUCAGCCCCACGGAAGUGCCAAAGUGAAGCUUGGGAACUGGCAAAGCUUUCCUCAAGGGUCCAAGUGUGAGUAUGUGCAAACUACAGCAACUACAGCUUCCCCCGUGUGGUUACAACUGCUUGUUCAUAGAGACGUCCUACCAAGACCAGCCAACCCAUCCCCCUAUGCUCUACCUAAUAAACAUGAUGGGGGUCCAGAAGCCCACCUCAUCCCA